ACAGACCCGGAAGAGAUGUUAGCUGGCUGUCUGCCAGGUAAAUAAUCAACAGAAGAUGCUAGCUGUACCCAUGUCUGACACGACGAAAGGACACCUACUCCUCGAUUACCGGAUCAAAGAUGAAACUACAUGCUUUAUUGCGGACAUUGAGUUUUAAACAUCAUCCUGAGAGUCUGUAGCCAUGGAUGGGCAUGCUGCCAAAAACAAUGAAAGCACAUUCCCCAGCUUUGUUGACCUCGAUGACUUCCUUACCAAACACAACUCCAACUUCAUCUGGCUCCUCGUUGCCACCAUUCUCUCCUGCGGAUGGAUAAUCUACUUAACUUAUUACAACUCCCGCAACAUCGGCCUCAUCCUCACCCUCAUCAUCAACAGGCUUUACAAGGAUGGCUACAUUCAUAUUGGCUCCUUCUCCUUCUCUGUGCUGUCAGGGAAAGUCAUGUUCAGAGAUGUCUUCUUCAUCAACCAAGACAUGUCCAUCAGGAUACAAGAUGGCUUCCUCAUAUUUCGUUGGUGGAAAAUGUACAACCCAAAACAGAAACAGCAUGACCCCAAGGCAGAGACCAGGCUUUACGUGACCGUAAAUGGCUUUGAAUUUCAUGUGUACAACCGGACCGACCUCUACGCCCGACUGCAGGAGACCUUUGGACUGGAUCCCACUCUCCUAACGCCCAAAAAAGAUGAAGAGAGGGGGCGAGAGGAGAGAGACAAAACCCUUGAAAGUGUGACCAUCAAAUCAGAGACUCCAGACCCCUCGACAUCGUGGCGCUCCCUCAUUCCUGUCAUCAAAGUUAACAUCAGCACUGGUCGUUUGGCAUUUGGGAAUCACCACCUCCCUCAAACUUUAUGCUUGAACUUCGAGGACGCCUUCUUGACGUACGCUACCAAGCCUCCCUCCAGCCACCUAGACCAGUACAUGCACAUAGUCAAAGGCUCACUGGAGAAUGUGCGUGUUAUGCUGGUUCCCAGUCCACGCUACCUGGGCAUGCAGAAUGAUGAACCUCCCAGACUGAUGGGCGAAGGCUUUGUCGUAAUGCAGUCCAACGAUGUUGACAUCUACUACUACCAGGAUGAACCCGGUCUGGUGCCCAUGGAGCAAGAGGGUGUGGAGGAGGCAGAGACGUGCAGCGAGGACGAUAAGCUUCAGGACCUGCCUCCAUGUUGGGGUCUGGACAUUGUCUGCGGAAAAGGGACUGACUUCAACUACGGCCCUUGGGCAGAUCGUCAGAGGGACUGCCUGUGGAAGUUCUUCCUCCCGGCCGACUACCAGUCCAUGAAAGUGACCGAAGUUUCCGAGCCGGGAAAACCCAGACAGAUCCAGGCCUUUGAGCUCCGCAUGAACAUCAUCGCUGACGCAACCAUUGAUCUGCUUUUUACCAAAAACAGGGAAACCAAUGCUAUUCAUAUGAAUGUAGGAGCAGGCUCUUACCUGGAAGUCAACAUCCCCAUGACUGUAGGAGAGAAUGGCUACUCUCCCACUAUCAAAGGCCAACUGCUUCAUGUGGACACCACAAGUAGCAUGCUGUACAGGACUCUUCUUGAAGCUGAGAUGCUUGCUUUUCAUGUCAUAGCUAGCUACCCUCGAGUGUGGAACAUGCCUCAGUCAUGGCAGUGUGAGAUUGAAGUUUACAAAGCCACCUACCAUUUCAUCUAUGCACAAAAAAACUUCUUCACUGAUCUGAUCCAGGACUGGGCAAGUGAUAGUGCCCCAGACAUCUACUCCUUUGUCCCCUACUCCUGGACGUUCAAAGUCCUUUUCCACCAGUUUGAGAUGAUCUGGGCGGCAAACCAGCACAACUGGAUUGACUGUUCCACUAAGCAGCAGGAAAAUGUGUACCUGGCGGCAUGCGGUGAGACGCUCAAUAUCGAGUUCACUUUGCCUUUCAAUGAGUUUGUUCCAACUACCUGCCAUACACGCUUCACUUUAAAGGCAGAGGAUACAGAUAUGCGAUUGUCCCUGCCAGAGUGCCAUCCCAGCCGCUACCCCCACCUCACCCUCGCCAAAAACUACCAGAAUGUAAAGCUGCCCCCAGACAUGUUCAUGCCGGGGGAAAACCAAGGCGCUCCCCCUCCCAAGCCUACAAAGUCCCGCUGGAGGAACAUAACCAAUGCAGAAGCUGGCUGGGUGGAUUGCUGGAGUGUUCCCAACUUCUUGCUCAUCAUCGACUACACCUGGCACCCCAUAUAUCCCCAGAAGGCUGAUGAGCAGCUCAAACAGUCAUUGUCAGAGAUGGAAGAAUCCAUGCUGUCAGCCCUGCGCCCCCCAGAACACACCUCUGGACCUCAUAAAGCACAGCCCCGCUACACCGGUACAUCAGCCUCAACAGCGCACAGCCGGGCAUCCACUGAUCCCUCAGAGCUCCCUCCAGAUAAACUUCAUGUGGAGAUGGAGAUGUCCCCAGACUCUCAGAUCAUUCUUUAUGGGUCUCUGCUCCGUGCACUCAUCUCCAUCAAGGAAAACUACUUUGGUGAGGAUGACAUGUACACAGACUUUGAGGAGGCAGUUUCCAGCCCCGUGUUGUCCACCUCCACCUCCUCAGGUCUGGGUUGGUCUCCUCUGGGAAUGGAGGGCAGUGAACAGAGAGUCAACUCAGACAUCCAUCCCCUGGACCUGCGCCCAUGGGACAUUACCGUGUACAUCAACCUCUACAAAGUCCACGGCAGAUUACCCAUGCACUGCAGCAGCGAGGGUCCUGAAGGUCCAUCCGGCUACUUGGAGCGACUCUGUUUUGAGAUGAAAAAGGGUUACAAAGAGACCAUGCUCCAGCUGCUCCUGUCUCCCAUCCACAUCUUUGUCAGUGACAACUAUCAGCGUCCAACUGCAGACGGGGUGUUGAGAGACGGCCACCUAAGUCUCUCUGGCCUGCAGAUGAGAGCCCAUGCCAUGUUCUCUGCUCAGGGUCUCCCUCUUGGCACGGACACCCUGGAGUACGCCUGGCUCAUUGACAUGCAGGCUGGAGGGCUCACUGGCAGGGUCACUGUGCCACAGGUGGCCAGCAUCAUAGAGUGGGCAGAGACUUUCCUUUUCCACGGGGUGUCCAGAGAGUUCCAGCUAGAGCAACCCAAACCCUCUGUCAUCUGCCAGCACGGCGCUGACCGUCGUAUCUGCGAUGCCAAGAUGAGCUGCCUCCCAGGUCACUGUCGCACAUCAGAGGAGCUGAAGUACACCAUGACACGCCUGGCGAUGGAUGGAGUCGACCUCUUCAUCGUGGAGCAUGGCUGUGCCGCCAACGUCAAGACGGCUAACAUUCGAGUUGCAAACUGUAACCUGCACAACCAGGCGGUGGGGGAGGGCAUCAGCGCUGUGGUGCAGGACGUAAACAUCCGGCAGUACAUCGAGCAGCAGCAGCACAGCGAGGCAACCAGGCUGCAGCCAGCUGGACAGGGUCAGGGUCUGGGUCAGCCAUUAGGUCUGGGUCAGCCCCCUCUGCUACGACGCUCGGUCUGGCUUGAGGCAGGCUCAGUCAGCCUGAACCUCAUUACAGCAGACAUUGCCCUGGCUGCUGACCACCCAGCUAAGUGUGAAGUCCAGAGGCAUUUUCUGGAGCUACACGAUGCUCAAACCAAAAGACUUUGGUUCCUGUGGCCAGAAGAGGCAAGCAUUCGCAACAAGCGCAGCAGGAACCGCUGCGGCUGUCUCGGAGGCUGCAGGUUCUUCGGAGGCACCAACGUGGGCCUGGACUUCUUUAAACUUGAAGAGCUCACACCCUCUUCCUCGUCCGCAUUUUCCUCUUCCAGCACGGAGUCAGACAUGUCCUAUGGACAGUCUUUGCUGCAGCCAGGGGAGUGGAUUAUCACCAAGGAAACACCCAAAGUCGAUGGGAGAGUUGUAGGAUUAAAAACAGACACACACUCGCCGUGCCUGCCUCCUGAAUUGCCCGAGAGACGUGGUCAGCAACACCUCAGUCUCCAGGUGCCCCAACGCUCCCACAGCUCAGCCUCCUCCUCUGAAGAAAAUAGUUCCUCCAGUGCUGCGUUGCCCCUGCUGGCCGGAGAAAGGGACUCUCCCUCACCGAGCACAGAGGAACGCUUGUUUCCAAUGAAUGGCAAAAGUCCUGCUGACACCCUAGGUGAUGUCCCAGAGGUCUCCCCCGUCUCCCCCAACAGCUCCCAGGACCGCUCUUCAGUGCGCUCCCCCCUCUGCUCUCCUCUCAAGCGCCAGUCCUCAGUUCACUCAGGCCGACUUGGCAGCACCAAGAGCUUGUCAGCUGCCGUCUUCACCGAUAAGCCUCCACCGGUGCUGUCAGGCGGUGUCCAGUUCAGCAGCGAGGUUUCCCGUAGCGAUGAGAACGUCCUGGAUUCACCGCGUCAGCGUAGGAGCUACGGCUCUUUUCCCUUCACGCCCUCAGCUGACUCCAACACCUUCCACCAGUACCGCUCUGCCGACUCCAGCAUGUCUGUGGCUGACAGCGAAGCCUACUUCUCUGCUGCGGAGGACUUUGAGCCCAUAAGUAGUGCUGAUGAGGGUCCGGGGACAUACCCGGGGCGCAAGAAGAAGAGGAGGCAGCAGAUGCAGCAGCCACAGCAGCCUCCGUAUCACAUGGAGAGCUAUAGCCGGAGCUCCAUCUACCACAGUGUUGAGGGUCCUCUUACCUACAUGCUCAACGGAGAGCUUAUCACUGAGCCACGUCCUCUACCUCUGCCCCCGCUGCCUCCACUGCCGCCUCACCCUCUGCCCAGUCACACAUCCCAGGCCUCCUUCGUGUCUGCCCUGGCUGAGGAAGAGAGCUCAGUGGAAGCAGAGAAGACUGCUGAACCAGGCCCUGUAACACGGCAGCCCCAUGUUAUGGCAUGCUACCAGAGCUACCUAGCUCAAUACCAGGUCUCAAACUGGUCUGUGAAACAGCCCACCAACAAGAGGACCUCCAAGUCUUCUCUGCACCGGCCCCUAGAUUUGGACACACCCACCAGCGAAGAGAGCUCGGCCUCUUUCGACCAACUCUCUGUCCCCAGCUUUAAGGUGAUGAAGCAGGGCCUCUCUGCUAGCUCUUUGUUGGAUAGAGGAGUCCAGCUAAUGGGAGAAAGCAACAGCACACCGUACACCCCACUGGAUAAAAGAGCCAUGGAGAACACAGAUGACGAUACAACCACAGAGGACUGGACUCUGGAGCAGCCCCUUGCUCAGACCAGGACUACCGCCAUUGUUGAGGUCAAGGGAGCCAUCAAUGUGGUGCUCACACCUCUUGUAGCUGAAUCCUUGGACAGGUAUAUUGAAUCCAUGGUCCACUUCGCCAGUAUCCGUCAUCCUGCAGCCAUUCUGGAUGACCUGCAUGGGAAAGUCCUCAACGAAUCGUACCAAAUCAGCAAGUCCACUGUCACCGAGUCUAGCCAAGCUGGAAAGCAGGAGCACAAGCUGUCCAAGACUGAGGGCACGACUCCUGGCUCCCUCAACAUCUCCCACGGCCAGACAGACCUGUCCAUCAAACCAGAUAAUGUGAAAAUCAAGGGCCUCCAAGCCAACGUCUCCAUUCCCAAAAUAAAUCUUUGCCUGCUGCAGGCUUCUGUAGAGGAGGGGUCACCGUCUUGCUCCACUAAGUGUGUAACACAUGUGUCUCUUGUGGCACUGUGCUUUGACAGAAUUGCAACCCAGUUCAGAAUGAACAGGGGUAUUGUCGAGGAGACACCAAACACCACAGAACAUGGUCGACCCUCAGUCUUGUUGGAGAAGUAUGCCUCAGCAACCAAGAUGCAGCCCCAGUCUUCUGGCUCACUCCGCUCUAAUGCUGGCAUCGAGAAGGGCAAAGAGAUUGCUGCCAGGCUCAACAUCCACCGUAUCCACAGCCAGCUGCGAGGCCUCGACUCCACGGACAUUGGAACAUGUUCCAUCACAGCAAUACCGUUUGAGAAGUCCAAAGUGCUGUUCGGCUUGGAGGAGAUGGAGGAGUUUUCACUGGUGGAUGAAACAGAUGCUCAGGCCACAGCGGGGGAUCUUGGCCGUUCGACUGCCUCUCUUGAGAAAUGGGGCUGGAUAAUGUUUGAAUGUGGCAUCGAAAACCUCACAGUGAAAGGAGGCCGUCAGUCAGGAGCCAUUCUUUACAAUGCAUUCGGUGUGAUGGGGCGCUCAGACACUGGGGGGAAGACAGGGAUGUCUAAAUCCAAUGGUUCAACAGGCUCGCAGACAGGAAGUGGAUACAGCACAGAUGUCUCUGAUGACAACCUGCCUAACGACACAAUCAGCCCUACCUCUGAUGCCAAUGAACACUCAGACUCUGAUGAUCAGGACGAAGGGGUGGAGUCAGACGACCUGAAGAAAGACCUUCCCCUCAUGCCGCCUCCUCCAGACUCUAGCAGCAUGAAACUGACCAUCAGAGAGAUCUGGUUCAGUUUUGCUGCUCCCACUAAUGUGCGCUCCCCGUCACAGGCGUUCUCAAGGCAGCUGAAUCUGUUGAGCACAGCCACGCCUGCUAUUGGAGCCUGGUUGGUUCCCAUUGACCAGUUAAAAUCUUCUCUGCGCAAACUGGACAUGGAGGGCACGCUGCGAGUGUGCGCUGUCAUGGGCUGCAUCAUGACAGAAGCUCUAGAGAAAAAGAGCAUCCACAUCCCCAUCCGAAGCAAGUACAACCGUGUGACUAAACGAGCUCGGUACCUGUUUGAGAAUCCCUCCUGUAUGCUCUGUAACAUCCUUCACCGUUAUCUGCAACAGGCUGACUACUCCGUUAUAGAGGAGGCUACCAUGAAUGACGGGGUCCCAGCACUCGUGACUCUUAAAAAGGGUCUGGUUGCUUUGGCUAGACAGUGGAUGAAAUUCAUUGUUGUUACUCAGGGCUUCAAAGCUAUUGGUAUCAUGAGACCAAAUCAGCUCACUAAACCCAAGGAGCCUCAGCAGACCCUGGGAGAGACCAUGCUUGGCUUGGACAACGGCGCCGCCCUGCAGAGUGACACCAGUGCCGAUGGAGCUGAGUUUGAGUUUGACGCAGCCACAGUGAGUGAACAUACCAUGUUGCUGGAGGGAGCAUGCAGCCGCCCGCCGCCUAAAGAAGCAAACACCGGUCCUGUUAGUGGCGUGGAGAUCAUGAGGAAGCUGUCGAAGUCCCACACACACAACGAGUCUGCACUCAGAAUAAAGGGCUCCCAUCCAUACCAGUCUCUGAGCUACACCAGUGGCGACACAGCAGCUGACUCACCAGCCCAUGUUAGUCGUGCAGGCCUGCCGGCCAAGGACAGCCCCAGGAAGGAAAGCCUCCUGAGCAAUCUGACUGGCAGCUUCCGCAGUCUGCACAACCUGCUGGAGAGCAUGCCUCAGAGGAAUGAGCCGUCUGCAACAGCUGCUGCGAAGACCAGCUCCCUCACUCGCACAGGAAACAGCUUAGGUACAGACAUGUUGACUGAGCACCCGCUGCUGUCCGAGCCCUCCUCCGUCAGCUUUUACAACUGGAUGUCAAACGCUGUUGGCAACAGGACAGGGGGUGGGGCUAUGGACUCCCCUGUGAACCGCUCCCAGCACAACAGUCUCCAGACAGGUGGGACUUGUAACCUACCCACAAUCCCCUCAGCCUCUGACUUCAACACAGUGCUCUCCAGUGACCAAAAUACCCUGGAUGGCACCCACUCCCAGCACUCCCAGCACAGCACCAGCCAGGACGACAUGGCUGACAUCGAGGAAGGGAACCAGUGUCCGGCUGCCGUUCAGCUGGCAGAUGCUCAGGUUGUUUUUAAGCCUUUGCUAAGCUACACAGGCAUUCAGGCCCAGGACACCACUCCUCUUAGUUACAAGAUGUACUUCGGAGAGCAUCUGUCUUUUUCUGGCAACCUCGAGUGCCUCCGAGCAGACAUCGUCGACUCUGAUACCUCCAAAGAGCGGAAAAACAAAAGAUCCCGGAGGCAAGGCAUGGUGAACGUCCCUCCGUUGGAGUUCAAGCCAGCACUGCUGAUUGAGACAUUCAGCCUGAAUGCAGUAGUGAUGGAGAAGUCAACCAGCGCUCCACAGGGCCCCACCGCAGCUCCACUCUCCUUUCACGACCUCAACCGCCGCCACUACAACACAUUCCACUGUGAUUUCACCACAGCUUGCCAGGCUAUCAGCCAGCGUGUUGACAUGGCCCUGGUGCGCCUCAUCCACCAGUUCAGCACCAUGAUCGAUGACAUCAAGGCCACGCAGACUGAUAUCAAGCUGAGCCGCUACACUGCCGGAUCAGCUUCUCCCACACCCACCUUCAAGGCUCGACCGUACCGUCACUUCAGGUCCUCGGACUUCAGCCGCAGUUCACGAGGCAGCCUCAACGGAGCCGGACGCAGUGGCACCCAAACCUUAAAGAGUAAGAGAGGGUUGGGUGCAGGGGGAGGAGCAGCUGGUGCAGGCGUUUCUGGGGGUAUUCCCCCUAAUGGACCUCCAGCUGGAAUGGACACAUUGGGGCGAAGAGAACCUCGAGGACGCAGCUCUCUUGGACGUUCAGAACGACGCACAUCUAAGGUGUCGAGAAAGGGCUCCCGUGAUGUGGCAGACCACAUGGCUAUCCAGAUGGAUGACUCCGACUCCAUCACAGUGUCAGAGCAGAGUGAGCCAUCAGCCGAAUGUUGGCAGAACAUGUACAAGCUGCUCAAUUUCUACUCCCUCAUCUCUGAUCCCACUGGAAUCCUGGAGAAAAGCUCCCCAGAGAACUGCCUUUCAGACGGUGGACUCAGACCUGCAGAGCCAGUCUGUAAAGUCAUCUUUGAGAAUGAGCAGCAGGAUCAAACCACCCCCAACAAACUACUGGGUGCAGGGGGGCGAAGGCGGAGCCUGGUGAGCUCUGAACCCCAGCACGUCACGCUCAUAGUAUUUGGCAUAGGCAUGGUCAACCGUACCCACCUGGAGGCUGACAUCGGAGGGCUGACCAUGGAGGCGGAGCUGAAGAAGAUCCAUGGUAGUUUCACCCUGAAGGAGAAGAUGAAAGAUAUCCUGCACCAGAAAAUGACUGAGACAUGUGCAUCGGCUCACAUAGGAGGGGUAAACAUUGUUCUCCUGGAGGGAAUAACACCUGACAUCCAAACGGUAGUCAAAUGCAACAUUGCAAAGUCCCAGGCUCUGUACAGUGCACAGCGAGGACUGAAGACCAACAACGCAGCUGUUUUCAAAGUGGGCGCCAUCCUGAUCAAUAUUCCCCAGCACCCUGCUACUUUGCACAGCAUGAUGGUCCGCAGCUCCCACCAGCUUUCCAAACAGAUCUCUGACCUCAUCCGGCAGCCUUCGAACAUUCAGCCUCCUAACAGAGAGGACACUCCCACUCCGCAACCCUCAGAAAAGGCAUCCAGCAUCAAUCAGACCCCAGUAGAAGCCAAUGAGUUCCCCCAGCUCCCUGAAGGCCUGGAGAAGAAGCCCAUUGUCCUGAAGUUCAGCGCUAUGAUGGAUGGUAUCACCAUCGGGGCUGCUCUGCUGCCCUCACUAAAAGCUGAGUACAAAAUGGGUCGUGUGAAGAGCCACGGCAUGACAGGGGCACAAACCAGUUUCACCUUCGAGUUGCCAAACCACAAGCUUUGCUUCCAGUCAAAGGUGUCCCCGGUGGACAUGUCCACCAUGCCACCAUCAGCUAGCCUCACCCUGCCACCAGUCACCAUGUCAGGGGAGUACAUCAUGGAGGAGCAUGAGAGCCACUCAGACCAGGGCUGGGCACAAGAUGACUUUCCAGCAAAGCAAGGGAACUACCUCCAAGGCAACUACUUGCGCUGUGUAGCUGAGAUUGGUUCCUUUGAGCACAACCUGACCACAGACCUCCUCAACCACCUGGUCUUCCUGCAGAAGGUUUUCAUGAAGGAGGUCAAUGAGGUCAUUCAGAAGGUCUCAGGAGGAGAACAACCCAUACCGCUGUGGAAUGAGCACGACACCUCAACAGAUGCAGACAAGCCAAAAAUACUGCUUUAUUCUCUCAGUCUCAUGUUCAAGGGAAUCCAGAUGACAGCCACCACUCCUUCAAUGCGAGCUGUGCGCUUCGAGACGGGCCUGAUCGAGCUGGAGCUGUCCAACAGGAUCCAGUGCAAGGCUCAGCCUGGUGGCAGUAGCAGUUACUUAAAACUGUUUGGCAAAUGUCAAGUCGAUCUCAACUUGGCUCUUGGACAAAUCGUGAAGCACCAGGUGUAUGAGGAGGCUGGCUCUGAUUUCCACCAGGUGGCGUACUUCCGUACUCGGAUUGGCCUGAGGAAUGCUCUGCAGGAGGAGAUCAGUGGUUCCUCAGAUAAGGAGGCUGUCCUUAUCACACUCAACAGGCCGAUCGUUUUUGCCCAGCCUGUGGCAUUCGACAGAGCUGUGCUCUUCUGGCUGAACUACAAAGCAGCGUAUGACAACUGGAAUGAGCAGCGCUUGGCCCUCAAUAAGGACAUCCACAUGGCCACCAAAGAGGUGGUGGACAAGCUGCCAGGCAUUCAACAGACCUCUGCCCAGGCCUUCAGCACCCUCUUCUUGCAACUGACAGUCAACGACCUGGGCAUCUGCCUACCCAUCACCAACACAUCCCAGAGAGGACCAGUUACGGAGGGCACCAACUCUGAAGCUGGGGCCAGCACAUCAGUAGGCCGACAUAAAAGUGCCCGAAAAGCCAACCACAGCAUAGACUUUGACACUGGAUCUGCUAUGGUCCUGACCAUCGAGAGCACUCUGAUCACAGCCUGCUCCUCUGAGUCUCUGGUAAGCAAAGGCCACUUCAAGAAUUUCUGCAUCCGCUUUGCCGAGGGCUUUGAGACUUCCUGGGAUGACUGGAAGCCUGAGAUUCGAGGAGAUAUGGUCAUGAAUGCUUGUGUAGUCCCUGACGGUACAUAUGAAGUAUGUUCCAGGACUACAGGGCAGCCCUCUGCAGAAAGCAGCAGUGCCGGUACCUGGACUCUGAACGUGCUCUGGAAAAUGUGUGGUAUCGAUGUGCACAUGGAUCCAAACAUCGGCAAGCGCCUCAAUGCGCUGGGUAACACACUAACGUCACUGACGGGGGAGGAGGAUGUAGAUGACAUCGCUGACCUUAACUCAGUCAACAUGGCAGACCUCUCAGAUGAGGAUGAAACCGACACCAUGUCACCUACCAUCCACAUGGAAACCAUUGACUUCAAAAGGCAGAUGGCGUUAGGGAACCAAGUAAUUGAUGCGCGUGGAAGAAAGUUCACUAAGAGAGUCGUGGACAUCAGAGAGCUGAAUGAACAGGCCAAGGUCAUCGAUGAUCUCAAGAAAUUAGGGGCCAGUGAAGGCACCAUCAACCAGGAGAUCCAGCGGUAUCAGCAGCUCGAGUCUGUGGCUGUCAAUGACAUCAGGAGAGACGUCAGAAAGAAACUACGGCGUUCCAGCAUGAGGGCGGCCUCUCUGAAGGAUAAGUGGGGUCUCGGUUACAAACCAAGCUACAACCGCUCCAAAAGCAUUUCUGCUGCAGCAGGCCGACCCCCGCUGAAAAGGAUGGACAGACAGAGUUCCAGGAUUGGAGAUAUGGAAGAUGUACCAGAUAUGCGUAUGGAUGCAGCCUCUCCAGGACCCAGGGUCACGUUUAACAUCCAGGAAACGAUAAAUAAUCUGGCCUUGGACUCAGCACAAACACCUGUCAGUCCAGGAGUAUUCAAGUUUCCAGAGGAGACAGAGGGGGACCUGUUGUCAGUCUCCAUCGACGAGCCAUCCCAUAUUCAUCAUCACCAUCAUCUUCAUUCACCAUCUGUGUUCGAUGGGGAGCACUCAGCAUUCAGUGCCCCCGUUACCCCAGCUGUCUUUUCACCCAUAAUUCCCUUCCAGCACGACGACAUGAGGCGUGAUGACCUGACCUCUUCCUCGUCAGAAGACUCCGAAAAGGACGACGAGUUUGAACGGGAAAGACCGCCAAGCUACCGAAGGCCUAUCCAACCACCUCACAGGAAGCCCUCAGGGUUUUCUGCUGUGAGUCAGCUUUUCAGUGAGCGCUGGCCCAGCACACCUGCCAGCCGCGGCUUCAGUGGCCCAGCAACUGAAAGAAACAUUGACUUUGAGCUUGAUGUGCGUGUGGAGAUUGACAGCGGGAAAUGUGUCCUUCACCCCACCACUCAGCAGCCAGAGCAUGAGGACGUUUCCCUCAGGAGGAGCUGUGAGCGCAGUCUCAAGAGUCUGGACCAGGAGUCUCCUCCCAAGAAAAAGAAGCUGCAGCCCACCUACACCUCCACCACCCACCUCCUGGCUGGGAAGAAGUGUCCCUCAACCUUGCAAACCAAAUCCAAUGACAUGGAAACCACAGUCUUUUACAUUCCAGGAGUAGACGUCAAGUUGCACUAUAACUCCAAGACACUGAAGACGGAGUCCCCCAAUGCCUCUCGUGGAUCCUCUCUCCCUCGCACUCUUUCCAAAGAGUCCAAGCUGUAUGGUAUGAAAGAUAGUGGUCCUCCCAACCCUCCCAAUGCUGUCCAAACCAAGACUAACUCGCUCCUACCUCCCCCACCCCCACCUAUUCCAUCAGCCAAAGGCAAGGGAAGUGGAGGAGUGAAGACAGCCAAGCUUUAUGCCUGGGUGGCCCUCCAGACUCUACCAGAGGAAAUGGUCAUCAGCCCUUGUCUUCUGGACUUCUUGGAGAAAGCACUAGAGACCAUUCCUAUUACUCCAGUGGAUCGGAAUUAUUCAGCUGUGGCUUCCCAGGAGGAGGACAUGGGUCAGUUUGAUACUGUGGAGCAGCUGGAGGAAUCCACCACCUCCCUUGUUUCCUCUUCCACAUCAGCCUACUCUUCUUUCCCUGUUGAUGUAGUCGUCUACGUCAGAGUUCAGCCCUCUCAGAUCCGCUUCAGCUGCCUGCCGAUGUCCCGGGUGGAGUGCAUGCUCAAACUCCCUUCUUUAGACUUGGUCUUUUCCUCUAACCGUGGUGAAUUGGAGACCCCAACAGGACCCCACCCCACUGAAGGAUCUCAUCCUCCCUCCUCCACUCCGCCAGGGCAACAUGUUCCCAAAGUUCCUCCCAGUAAAGCAUCACCAUUGCUGGGGAGCCCUCUAGGCAGGAGCCGCCACAGCAGCAGCCAGUCAGACCUAAGCGCGCCUGCCAGCAACUCCUCAGGCCUCAGCUUCACUGCCUGCAUGUCUGACUUCUCCCUCUAUGUCUUCCACCCCUAUGGCGCAGGGAAGCAGAAAUCUGCUGUCACAGGCCUGCCUCCAGGCCCAGGCCCCUUAGGUACUGUGGAUGAAGAGCCUUCUUCAGUCACAGGGAGAAAAGACUCUCUGAGUAUCAACUUGGAGUUUGUGAAGGUCAGCUUAUCAAGAAUGAGGCGGAGUGGAGGCCCCACCUUCAUUGAAAGCUUCAUUCCUCUGAAAGGUGGUAAAAUGGACACCACCCUCAUCAACAUCUCAGCUGUGUGCGACAUUGGCUCAGCCUCGUUCAAGUAUGACAUGAGGCGACUAAGUGAGAUCCUUGCCUUCCCAAGAGCCUGGUACCGCCGAAGUAUCGCUCGGCGUCUCUUCUUGGGAGAUCAGACAAUCAACCUGCCAGCGUCCGGCCCUGCAACCCCUGACUCCGCCGAGAACGUCACUCAGCAUCUGUCACCGGAGUCUAGCCGCAAAGCUUACUGGAGGACCUGGGAUGGAAGCACAGGGCAUAACAUGCCUCAAUCCCCCAACGUCUUCUCAGAGCACUCUACUGGGAGCAACAUGUCUCCAAGCAACUUGGGCCACCUCAAGUCCCCUGCACCUGGACGCACCAGGAGUGUGUCAGAUUCCUCCGCUCCUAGAAGAGAUUCGGUGACAAAAACCUCCACUCCAUCCUUCAGUAAGAACGGUAAGGCAGCCGGUCAGCAGGGUUCACCGUGGGAGACGCUGGUGGUGUUCGCCAUCAACCUGAAACAACUCACCGUGCAAAUGAACAUGAGCAACGUCAUGGGGAAUAACACCUGGACGACCAGCGGGCUGAAGAGUCAGGGCAGAUUGUCUGUGGGAAGCAACCGGGACCGAGAGAUCAGCAUGUCUGUCGGCCUUGGCCGCUCCAAGCUGGACUCCAAAGGCGGGGUGGUGGGUGGCAAUAUAGAUGUGAACACCCUGGAGAUGGUCUCCCACAUCUCUGAACACCCUAACCAGCAACCCAGCCAUAAGAUCCAGAUCACCAUGGGUUCAACAGAGGCCCGUGUGGACUACAUGGGCUCCAGCAUUCUGAUGGGAGUUUUCAGCAAUGCUGAUCUGCAGCUGCAGGACGAAUGGAAGGUCAACUUGUGCACUGUUGACACAAGCAUAUCAGAAAAAAGUGAGAUCUUUGUCCAUGGAGACUUGCAGUGGGAUAUUUUUCAGGUAAUCAUUUCGCGCUCAACCACACCAGACCUCAUCAAGAUCGGCAUGAAGCUGCAGGAGUUUUUCACGCAGCAAUUCGACACCAGCAAGCGGGCCCUCUCCACCUGGGGCCCAGGCCCAUACCUACCCCCUAAAACCCCCGUCAUCAACGCUGAGAAAGGAUCUGCAGAGCUUUACAUGGAUGCAGCCCAUCACCGACACUGGCCCGGGGUGCUGAAGGUAAUUGCCGGCUGCCACAUCUCCCUCUUCCAGAUGCCUUUGCCUGAGGACGCUGUGCAGCUUGGUGGCUCAAUGAGCCUCCAUGGCAAUCACAUGACCCUGGCCUGCUUCCAUGGACCUAACUUUCGCUCCAAGUCGUGGGCUCUCUUCCACCUGGAAGAGCCCAACAUCGCCUUCUGGACAGAGGCUCAAAAGAUCUGGGAGGAUGGCUCCAAAGAUGAUUCUACCUACAUCGUUCAAACACUGGAUUUCCAUCUUGGUCAUAACACAAUGGUGACCAAACCCUGCGGCGCACUCGAAAGCCCAAUGGCCACCAUAACUAAAAUAACCCGGCGGCGGCACGAAAACCCCCCACAUGGAGUGGCCACAGUUAAAGAAUGGUUCAACUACGUCACUGCCAUGAGGAAUGAAGAGUUGAACCUGCUCAGGAACGUCGAAGCCAACAACCAAGAGAGCGGAGCAGCAGCCAAAACCUCCAGUCUGCUGAGCAGCUUCCGCAGCUCCUCCAGCUAUAACCAUGAAACCGAGACAAUCUUUGCUCUUCCAAGAAUGCAGCUGGAUUUCAAGUCCAUCCACGUACAAGAUCCUGAGGAGCCCAGUUUGACAGACUCCAACAGCAAGCCCAAAGUGGAGUGCAGUGUGGUGACAGAGUUCACAGACCACAUCUGUGUCACCAUGGACGCCGAGCUCAUCAUGUUUCUUCAUGACUUGGUGUCUGCUUAUCUAAAGGAGAAGGAGAAAGCCCUCUUCGCUCCUCGGAUGUACAUGGCUCGUCCGGGCCAGAAGAGUCCCACAGCCCUACAUGACGACAGCUCCACAGACAAGGACAAGGAUGACGGCAUCAACUACACCACCGUGGACUGGAGGGAGUUCAUGUGCAAUACCUGGCACUUGGAGCCGACUCUCAGGCUUAUCUCCUGGACUGGACGAAAGAUUGACCCAGUGGGAGUAGACUACAUCUUGCAGAAACUGGGCUUCCACCACGCCAGGACUACGAUUCCCAAAUGGCUGCAGAGGGGUGUGAUGGACCCUCUGGACAAGGUCUUGUCAGUGCUGAUCAAGAAGCUGGGCACAGCCCUGCAGGACGAGAAAGAAAAGAAAGGCAGAGAUAAGGAGGAACACUAAGGAACACUCAUACCACUGUAUUCAAAGCUGUGCAUACGUUCCCUACAGUCAAACACUGGAUUCUUGUAGUACCAUGGCUGAAACUGUACAUCUUAUUUGCCACACAUACAUAUUUUUCCUACUACCUUGUAAAAUUCAGCAUGGUUGUUUACUGUAGUCCAAGCCACAAGCAGCUCUGAUGGAAGCAUUUUGCACCGAUGUUAUUAUCUGUAUAUUUUGAACAAAGUAACACGUUUUAGAAUUAUUUGACUGCUUUAAUGGUAAACCCCGCCCCCUUUACCUGUUGUAAAUUACCUUACUGAAACCGCUUGAAAGUUUAUUUUAAGGCUUACCAGUAUUUCAUGAGAAAUGAUUUUUUUCAAACCAUUGCCUUUCUUUGUUUCCCAUGGAACACAUGGUAGAAAUGCUUUAUGUAUUUUAUAGUGUAGUUCUGAGAUCUGUCAGAGCAGUUCUGUGACUCUUCUUGAUUUUUUUUAAUGUGAACAAAUGAACACUGGGAGGUUACAGCACAUCAACCACUGAGUCAGGCGGAUGAUAUGAGUUGUAAUUAGAAUUUUAACCUGCAUUACUAUUUAUGAAUAUGUGAAAUGCAAAGUCUGUAAUAUGUAUCAGCUUGGUGUGUCAAGCUUACAUUUGUUUUUCUUUUUAAUCCAUUCUGUAGAGCCAGUGUAUAUAAUUAAGUUUUGUAAAUGUGCUGAUUUCCUAACUUAAUAAAAAAUAUUGACAUUUAA